AGGAACAACAGAAGACUUGGGGGAUGUCAAUUUUUGGCCAAAUGGCGGGAAACAACACUCCUGCUUAGUUUUGGCUCCAAUUAACCCUCUCCUGACCGAGCUUCUUCCGCUCGAAUCAUUUAAAAACACGUUAUCAUGCCAGCGCAUGCGGGCCACUGAGUUCUUCUCUAUGUCUAUAAUUCCAACUGAAUGUCUGUUUGUCGGUGUGGAAUGUUCCAGUUACGAUGCUUUUCUCCAAGGUCACUGUAACUGUGGAUAUAACGGUGAGAGAUGUCGAUUAAUGGGACAGUACAGCGAACCCGCGGAACACGAAACUAGAUAUUUUCUACAACUUUGGGAGGAGAAGCCAUAUUGUUUGCAUCAGUAUCAAGUCAUAGUUCAUUUGGAAGUGAACAGUGAACACAAGACUUAUGAAACAGUCGAUGCUGUGCUGAAUUUGAAAUUAAAAGCAAGGAACAGUUUUCAAGAGCAUUUGAAAAUAAGUAUCAACUUGCUGGAAGAGUGGCAGACGCACAAGUUUCUUCUCACUUUUGAAAGCCCCGUAGGAAAACCAGAAAUAGCAAGUGCUUCCAUUCAGCACACGGAGCAUGCGCAUUGCGUGUCCUUGGAAGACAUCGAAAUCAACUAUCUAUUACCUGUGUAA